UGUAGUUGUUCUGUCAUACGAGCCACCUCAGUUCUGUAAUUGAACGCACCCAAUUUGAUCGUGUAACCAUAACCCCAUUCCCAUACUAAUGUACCAGGUGGACAGUGGAGAAAAAAUGGCAGGUGCAGGUGUUUUUGAAAUCGAUCUUGGAGAUGUUGAAAUUCAAAGACAAUCUGAUGAUUCCGAUGAUGCCUUAGAUAUUGGAGAGGGUGAUUAUGAUGGAGCACCCAACGUAAAUGCAAUUAUGCGUGGCGAUGAUUUGGAAACAGUUGAAGUAUCACAAUACAAUAAUGUAAACCCAAAUAUGCGUGUUGGCCCACCAGAUUUCGAAUUAUGUAAAGUAUUAGGUCGAGGUGGUUAUGGUAAAGUCUUCCAAGUUAGAAAAUUAACAGGAAAAGAUAGUGGUCGUGUAUUUGCAAUGAAAGUAUUACGUAAAGCUGCAAUUGUACGUAACCAAAAAGAUACCGCACACACGCGUGCAGAACGAAAUAUAUUAGAAGCUGUAAAGCACCCAUUUGUCGUAGAAUUAGUAUACGCUUUUCAAACAAAUGGAAAAUUAUAUUUAAUAUUAGAUUAUUUAAGUGGUGGAGAAUUAUUUAUGCAUUUGGAACGUGAGGGAAUAUUUAUGGAAGACGUAGCUUGCUUUUAUUUAGCUGAAAUAACAUUAGCUAUUGGUCAUUUACAUCGUCAAGGCAUUAUAUACAGAGAUUUAAAACCAGAAAAUAUAUUAUUGGAUGCACAAGGCCAUAUCAAAUUAACUGAUUUUGGUCUAUGUAAAGAACAUAUUUUAGAUGGUAGUGUAACGCAUACAUUCUGUGGAACAAUUGAGUAUAUGGCACCAGAAAUAUUAAAACGUACUGGACAUGGUAAAGCGGUUGAUUGGUGGUCAUUAGGUGCAUUGCUAUUUGAUAUGGUCACAGGCACACCACCGUUUACGGCGGAAUGUCGUAAACGAACAAUUGAUAAAAUAUUAAGACAUAAAUUAAAUAUGCCACCAUUUUUAACUCAAGAUGCGCGGGAUUUAAUACGUCGAUUAUUAAAAAGACAUCCAGAAUCACGUUUAGGUUCUGGACCGGCUGAUGCUGAAGAAAUUAAAGCACAUCCAUUCUUUAAAACAAUGGAUUGGGAUGAUGUAUUAAAUAGGAAAUAUGAACCACCAUUUAAACCUUUACUAAAAUCAGAAGAUGAUGUGUCACAAUUUGAUUCAAAGUUUACAAAAGAAACGCCAUUUGAUUCACCUGUACAAGAUUCUCAAUUAAGUGAAAGUGUCAUGAAUUUAUUUGAAGGUUUUACAUAUGUUGCACCGUCCGUCCUUUUGGAACAUUAUCAACCUCGAUCACCACGUCGAUACUCACAAACAAUGGCGAACGGUGGAUCAAUACCAAAUGGUGCACCGCGAGCACUAUCACCAAGGCGUACAUUUUCUAAACAGAAUAUAGUUGCUGCAGGUUUUCAAACCCCUGGUGCGAGUAAUCAACCAGGUCCUUCUAGUAAUAACAUUGUAGGAUUUCAUAAUCAACCUGUACCAUCGGGUGCUACACAUUUUAAUACGGGACGACCAGGAUUCCAAGAGGAAAUGAUGGAAGUUCAAAGUGUGCCUCCUGUAUAGUAAAUAUUAUAGAUCAAAUUUAUUCAACCUUUAGCGUUAAAACAAUAAUAUUAUUAUAAUACUUUAGUAAUUGAAAUACAUUUAUACGAACACAAACACUAAGUGAAAUCGAUGUUCGUAUAUUUGUUGUUUUUCUUUUUAUUUAUGUAAAACGCCAACCAACCUUGCUCCCUUUAUUAUUUGAUUGCCGUCGUUACAAAAAAGUUAUAUAGUUAUUCGUGUGAGUACGUAUUUAUUUAAAUAAAAUCUUUUAUAUACCUAUAAAAAUAGUGUUGUGUUUCGGCCUAUUGUAAGAUGAUUUUCAUCCGAUUUAAUUACAAAAAAAAAAAAAUAUAUAAUAAUAAUAAUAAUAAAAAUAUAAAUGCGUACUCGUUCAGUGUGUAUCAUCGCAACAUACCAAACAACAAUAUGAUUAUAAACAAAUCAAUAAUCAGUCCAAUAGUUUUCCAUUUAU